AUCAGCACAUCUGUCAUUUUAUUACUGAUGCAGUUUUGCAGAGUUUGUCUUUUCGUAUUUGUGGACUGAAACUGUUAAAGAUGUUUCACCCUGUUUUCUUCUGUUUGUGUUUGUGGCGUCUGGUUGGUGUGUUUGGUGUUACAGAUGCAGUGAAGACAGAGUCAGUGUCAGUGAUGGAGGGAGAUUCAGUCACUCUAGAAUCUGGUCUUACUGAAAUAAAGAGAAAUGAUGUGAUAGCAUGGACAUUUGAACGUCCAGGGACUCUUAUAGCUCAAAUCGAUAAAGAGGAUAAAAUCUUCUCCACAUAUGAUGAUGGUCCUGAUGAGAGAUUCAGAGACAGACUGAAGCUGGAUCAUCAGACUGGAUCUCUGACCAUCACAAACACCAGAAUCACAGACUCUGGAGAAUAUCAAAUAAAUAUCAGAGGCAUGAAAACGACCACAUACAGAUUCAGUGUUACUGUCUACGCUCGUCUGACUGUUCCUGUCAUCAGCACAGACUGGCCUUCAUUAUCAUCAUCAUCAUCAUCAUCAUCGCAUCCCAUCAGCAACCAGACUCAACAUCUGGACAUCACUCACCUCUGUCACACAUGUUCAGACUCUGUCCACUGUUGUGGUCCUACUGAAGCUGUGAUCCGAUUGGUCCUCUCUGCUCUGGUGGGCGUGGCUACUGUCAUUCUUCUGGUUUAUGGCAUCAGAUCCAGAAGAGCUGAACGAGAUCAAGCACAGAUUCACACAUCAGAAAGUAUUGAAAUCUAAACGGAACGUUGAACUUUAAAGAUUCUUCAAGUGUGAUUUUUGUUCUUUUAAUGUUUUUGUCAUAAUAAAUGCUGAUGAUUAUUUGAGCUUCUUCUCUUUCAGUAUCAGAUUAUUAAAAACUUAUUAAGACUUUGUAUAUAUUUCUAUCUUAUACAAAAAUGAAUAAAGAGACACAGAUCUCACUUUACUACUGCUGUAUAUUUGUCAUAUGUAUUUGCUUGCCUUUAUCAAUAAAGUUUUCUCACUAUGAAUGUCCUUCCAUGGGAGGGGUGGGGGCAGAAAUGGGAACACGGGGGCACCGCGAUGCGACCGCAAAGGGCACUUUCACUUUCACGAUCAAAGGGGCAGGGGCUCAAGCAAAUUUAUUGAAGUUUGCAGUCACCAUCGUGGUGAACAGUGUCUGCUUUAGUUGAGCUCUUGACUCUUUUACAUUAGCUUUCUCUGGCUGCUGUAAUUGAGUGUUUAUAAAACACAUUUGUUAUGGCAGGAAAAAGCCUACAUGAAGAUGAUCAGAUUUUUGGCUGUUGUUAUGAUGCUGUAAUCAUCUUGGACUUGUUUAAUUCACCGAUCUCUUUCUGUGUCUAGUCUUUGUUUUAAUGGGUAUUUUAUGUUUAAUGAUUAUACUAUGUCUGUGAUUAAACAGCGUAAGAACCAGCUGAUAUCUGUGUGUGUCUAAAUAAUGCUGCAGCUGUUUUUUGUGCAUGGUGUUUAAAAAUAAACUCUUUUUAGCUGAUUGUUGUUGGAACUCUUGCUGUAGUUUCACAGUGGUGAUAAUGUGAAAUAUUAGUCUGUUAAUAAUGUAACAAUGG